AGGAAAGAAAACAGGAACUCAUCCUGCUAGCUACUGCCGCACGUUAUUAUGAAUAUUUACGAAUUUAUGGGAAUGUCUUAGAUCAUACUGGUGCAUAUACUUGACAUUCAAAAAGAAGCCACACAUCCAUCAUUAUUUUACGUAAAUAACGGAAUGACAAGACAAUGAUUUCGCAGGUAUUCAUCUUGACCUCUAAGGGUGAUCAUCUUAUUUACAAAGACUUCCGUGGGGAAGCUGGAGUUGAUGCCAUCAGUGCUUUCUAUGAAAGUGUGACAGCUUUAAGUGGUGAUCAGCCUCCUGUUGUCAUGACCCAUAAAGGCAUGCAUUUCAUACAUGUCCGUCAAGGAGGGCUUUACUGGGUUGCCUCUACUAAGACCAAUGCCUCUCCAUUCACCAUAAUCGAGUUCCUUAAUAGAUUAACAGCUUUGACAAAGGAUUAUUGUGGGACUUUGUCUGAGAAAUCUGUUAGAGCGAACUUUGCUCUCAUAUAUGAACUUUUGGAUGAAAUGGUGGAUUAUGGCUACAUCCAGACCACCUCCACUGACAUUCUUAAGAACUUCAUUCAGACAGAAGCGGAGAGCUCCAAACCAUUCAGUCUGUUUGACCUGAGUAACGUUGGGCUGUUUGGGGCAGAGACACAGCAGGACAAAGUGGCCCCUAGUGCGGCAGCCAGUCGCCCCAUUAUGGCUAACCGUGGAGAACAGGGUGGAAAAAAUGAGAUAUUUGUGGAUGUGAUUGAAAGGCUUGCCAUGGUCAUUGGCUCUAAUGGCAUUAUAAUGAAAGCAGAUAUAGAAGGAGAGAUCAGGGUGAAAUGUUAUCUGCCUAACUGUUCAGAGAUGAGAAUCGGGCUGAACGAGGAGCUCAGCAUUGGAAAAUCACAGCUUAGAGGCUAUGGGUCAGCAGUGCGUGUGGAUGAGUGCAGUUUUCACCAGGCAGUUAAAUUGGAUGAGUUUGACACAUACAGAAUCAUAAAAGUUUGCCCUAGCCAAGGCGAGCAAACAGUCAUGCAGUAUCAGGUCUGUGAUGACUUGCCGUGUGCGCCACCUUUUCGCUUGUUCCCCUCAGUGGAGAGGGACAGUGGGAAUAGAUUAUUGAUGUACCUGAAGCUACGCUGUGAUUUGCCUCCAAAGAGUGCUGCUAUCAAUGUGUCCAUCACAGUUCCUGUUCCAAAGGGUUCAGUAAGUCUCUCCCAGGAACUGAGUAGCCCAGACCAGCGUGCGGAGCUUCAGCCCAAAAGUAAAGCCGUUCUCUGGGAGAUCCCUCGCUUCCCGGGAGGCUCACAGCUCGCUGCACUUUUUAAGCUGGAGGUUCCAGGACUCUCCUCAGCAUCUCUACUGGAGGUGGGACCGGUCAGCAUGUGCUUCGAGCUGCCAAAGCACACCUGCACAGGCCUUCAGAUACGAUUCCUCCGCUUGACCCCAACUCAGCCAGGACUGUCUCAGCGCUGGGUCCGCUAUGUGACCCACUCUGACUCCUAUACCAUCCGAGUCUGACUCGAAAUGAAAGGACACAAUUGAACAGGAGUUCUCCUGUUGGUCUUGUGAAAUGUUGGACUGUGUGGCUGCGUACUUUUGAGAAUGAAUGCUUGUUCUUGAGGGCAAUAUACCCUACUACUUGUCUUGUAUUAUUGUAUGCCUCUGGAAAUCACAUGGGGCCCAAAUAAAAUAGAAUAAAAUGUAACAUUGAAACAUUUUUCACUACAAUGCUAAAAAUAAUAUGCAGUAAAUGUUUUUUAUGCUCAAUAUCCAAGUAAUAUGUAUAAUAUGAGGCAGCCAUUUAAUAAAUAAUUAUUAUUUAUUGUAUCAUAUUGAAAA